UUCUUUGUCUCAAACUACACUUCCUGCUUUUGCGGCUGGAAGUCGUUCGCAUCUUUGUUUAUAAAACUGUAAUAUAACUGCAUUUAAAAAUGAAUACAGUGUUGUCGAGGGCGAAUUCCCUCUUCGCCUUUUCGCUCAGUGUGAUGGCAGCGUUGACGUUCGGCUGUUUUAUCACGACGGCGUUCAAAGACCGGAGGGUGCCGGUGGAUAUCCACGUCUCGAGAGUAAUGCUGUGAGAGAUGACGAGUUAUUAUUAUUAAAAAUACACUGAACAUGCAUUGCUUUGGUUUAGGUAUCUUUCGCUCCGUGAUCUAUCACAUUUACACAUUCGUAUAAAUAGUUAUUGGUCUCAGUUGGCUACAUAACUAGUUCGGUGUAUGAGUCUUUGCAAUGGUGCUAACUAAUGCUAGCUCGAGGUGAUCACUGAAUCCAUAUGGCAAUAUUGACGCCAAUAAAUCGGACACCUGUGAAAAUUGAAAACUGCCUGCGCAAUGAACAACAGAUGUUUUUGUCUUUGGCUACAAUGUAGCCAGCCAGACAGGAUGCCAGCUGCUGCGGCUUGCAACAUUGUAUCCAAUAGUUGAACAGCACGUCAGCGUGGUAUAUUUUGUCAAACUGUGAACGAGCUGCCAGCAGAUGGAAUGUUUCAGACCUUACUUUUGACAAUUAGCUAUCGUCACACCUUUGCAUUAGCUUUGUAAUAGUGUAUGUGAAUGCUACCAUCCAUAUACAUUAACAUAUCACGUUACAAUUUGUAGCUACUCAUCUAUAGUAGCCCACCCCCCCACACACUCUAUUAGCAUAUGAACAGGUCAUAAGCCAUGGCCAAAAAAAAUAGAAUUACAGGAAAUUAGCUGUAAAACUGCAACAUGUUCUCUCAGCCUCAUGGCAAAAUGUGUAGAAUAGCAUGAGAUUAGCUAUAAAACUGCAAAAAAAUGAUCUCUUCCCCAUGGCUGUAUGUGUAGAAUUGCAGGAAAUUGCCUUUAAAACAGCAACAUUUUCUCUCAGGCUUAUGGCAAAAUAUGUAAAAUGGCAUGAGAUUAGCUAGAAAACUGCACGUUUCUUUUUGCCCCAUGGCAAAAUGUGUAGAAUUGUAGGAAGUUAGCUGUUUUUUCCCCUUGCUCAGACCUUGCGGGGGGAUGCGUGAAACUAUGGUAUGUCAUGCUAGUAGCUAUACCAAGCCAUACUGUGCAAGGUGUAGCUAGAGACCAUAAAGUAAAUGUAGCCUACUACUAUUUGUGGUGUAGCCAAGACAAAUAACAUAUAUUUUGACAGCUUACUGUUCCAUGUGGUGAAAGAAAUGUCUUGGCCUAAUUCUAGGAUGCACUGCACACAACUAACUCUGCCUUUACCAUUUGACAGGAAAAACGUGGAUGACUUCACAGGACCCAGGGAAAGAAGUGACCUGGGGUUCAUCACCUUUGACCUCUCUGCUGACAUAAAGCCCGUAUUUGACUGGAACGUCAAGCAGCUCUUCCUCUACUUGUCUGCAGAGUACGCCACCAAGAGCAACGUAAGUGUCUUACAACAGGGGUGUAUACAUUACAUCUUGCAACAGAAACCAUUUACCAUUUAAGAACCAAACGGGGAGGCAUCUACCUGAAUGUAUCCAACAAAAACUCUAGUUUUCGUUGCAAAAUGUUUUGCAACAGAAUCGACAUGAUGAAUGCAACCUAGGCCUGUUCUCUUUCCUGUCCAUCUAUCAAUUAUCAUUAUCAUGUGUUCCUCUUGGCUUGCUUGGGUAGUUGCCACAACAACAGAUCACACACAUCAUACAAAUGAUACUUGAUGAAAGCCAAUAUGAUCGGAAGGGAAGACAUUCUAUAGGUAGAUUACCCUACCUAUAGAAUUGCAGCAAAAUAGACAUACUUCUAUGUCACCAGGAGCGAUGUAAGAACUGACCACUUUCCUUUACGAUGUAUCAAUGAUCGUUGUCACACGUUCCUCCUCUUGGCUUGGGUAGGCUGGUUGCCACACACUGUUGACACAUUGGUGCUUCUACAGAUCGCACGCAUUUACUUGGUGAAAGCCAAGAAGGCAAUAUGGGUUGAAGGCAAUAUGGUUUGAAGGUGACAUUUUAUAAGUAGUGUAUCCUAAGAAGUAGCCUGGGUUAGACUCAGGUAAACUCUUAUGGUAAAAAAAAAACAAAAAACUAUGACUAUAGGAAUUGGAUACACAGUUGUGAAGAGAGCACAACAAUGCCUCUUUCCUCUCAGGAGACUGAAAAGAUUUUGCAUGGCCCCUCAGUUCUACAGCUACACCAUUGAGAGCGUCUUGACUGGCUGCAUCACCGCUUGGUAUGGCAACUGCUUGGCAACCGACCAUAAGGCACUACAGAGGGUAGUCCGUAUGGCCCAGUACAUCACUGGGGCCAAGCUCUCUGCCAUCAAGGACCUCUAUACCAGGCAGGUGUCAGAAGAAGGCCCUAAAAAUUGUCAAAGACUCCAGCCACCCAAGUUAUAGACUGUUCUCUCUGCUACCGCACGGCAAGCGGUACCGGAGCAUCAAGUCUGGGACCAAAAGGCUCCUGAACAGCUUCUACCCCCAAGCCAUGAGACUGCUGAACGGUUAAUCAAACGACUACCCUGACUAUUUGCAUUGACACCCAUUUUUAUUUGCACUGACUCUCUUGCACCGGCUCUAUGCACACUUACUGGACUCUACCAACACAUACUACUGACACUCCAAUACACACACUACAUCCGCUCACACACAAAACACACACACAUAUUGACGCCACAGACACACUUUCAAUCUUUCACACUAUUCACAUACGCUGCUGCUACUCUGUUUAUUAUCCAUCCUGAUUGGCUAGUCACUUUUACCCCUACCUACAUGUACAUAUUACCUCAAUUACCUCAACUACCUCGUAUCCCUGCACAUUAACUCGGUACCAGUACUCCUUGUAUAUAGCCUUGUUAUUGUUAUUUUAUUGUGUUACUAUUUCUUUUUUUUAUAUUUAGCAAAUUUGUCUUACUCCUUAACUCUGCGUUGUUGGGAAAGGGCUCGUAAGUAAGCAUUUCACAGUAAAGUCUAAACCGGUUGUAUUCGGCUCGUGACAAAUAAAAUUAGAUUUGAUAGAGAUCUGGGAUCAGGCCACCUAGGAAGGUGAAAUGCAUGGUAAAAUGGCUGCCAAAUAGUGAUACUUAACUGCGACGUGUUGUGCUUUCUUCCAGGCCCUGAACCAGGUGGUUCUGUGGGAUAAGAUCGUGCUAAGAGGAGAGAGCACCAAGCUCAACCUCAGAGACAUGAAGUCCAAGUACUUCUUCUUCGAUGAUGGAAACGGUCUUCGGUAAGCAUCCUCUGUUCACCCUCUCACUUUUAUUCUGGUGCCAGUAACCUAACGAUAACAAAUCAUGUUUUUGUUAUAGCAACUGGUGUGGAAUUUGUCUUGAUGCCAUUUUAUUUCAUGAAAUAAAAUAGUUUUCGUCACAUACAGUUUAGAGCAGGUAUAAAAGGCACAGGGAUAAUCAUUUCGCUACACCUUUUAAACCUGCUGUAAACUGUAUGUGAGAAAUACAAUUUAAUCUGAUUUUACAUAGAGAAAUUAAUAUUUUUUUGCAUUUAGGCCUACAUUAUGUUGAAUAUUUAUGUAACACCCUUUGUAUGCUGCAGAGGGCAGUAUAGGUCUGCUUUUGGCACCUCUCUCACUCCUCUCCAGUCUUUUGAAUGGAAAUACUGUAGGAAUGCUCUGAUGUUUAAGGCCUUUGUGUGAUGAUCUCUCCACCAGGGCGAAUAAGAACAUCACCCUGACUCUGUCCUGGAACGUGGUGCCCAACGCCGGGAUCCUGCCCCUGGUCAUGGGCUCUGGCCACAUGUCCGUCCCCUUCCCCGAAUCAUACGAGACCACCAAGAGCUACUGAACUGUUCCACCAUUAUUUGUAAAUGUUUGACUUUUAAUAAAAGUGUACAUUUGGGAAUGGUUCAAUUGUAUGCAUUUGCAUUGAUGCUGCCACAGAUAAAGACUGUCUGAACGUUACUAGCUGUGAAAUCCUUGGCUAUUGUUUUCCACAAUUCCUCUCAAAGCUCAUUGGAGGAGGCCACCUGAGGAGAGACCUUGGAUCCUCUACUUCAAUGCACUUUGAGAGAGGUGAGGAAAUGAGGAAGAAGCAAGGAUUUGACUGCUAGUAAUCCUUGGUUUAAAUUGUCAUUGCGGAGACGGACUUAGUAACUAGAAAGUCAGGACUCAUCAUGCUUCAUUUAACUCUACAGCAGUACUCAGUACCUGUAUAAUGAAUGGCAAUGUGAGAUUGUUUAAUAAUUACGUUUUUGUGUUGUUCUCUAGGUGUUGCUUUCUUUGUUAUAAAAAAAAUACUUCUGAAAGAUAA